AUGACACUCGCUGCUCAUCUUCAACUAUCCAGGUCCAGGUUUCUGGUGUCGUUGCUCAUGAUGGAGUUGGUGCUUGGCUCAAGCUUUAUUGCAAACUCGACUUUGCCGUUGCCAGGAGCGCAACGGUUCAUCGCAGCUCCUGGGUUUCCGACCUCAGCCUUUGCGUCUUACUAUGAGUCGCCUGCCCUGCCAACUAGGGAACCUCAGCCCAUCAUCUACGAUCCUGUGCUGAAUUUCACGUUCCCAUACGAGUUGACUAACCCUGAUCUUAUUCCUGAAAGCCCGGAUGAACCUGUUUACCCACAACCACCAGUCAAUAUCCCAAAGAAAGAGAAACAUGCUCUGGUUGAGGCUGUCAAGGCCAACGUGAUGACAAUCCUGAAAUCCAAUGACCCAGAGAAUCGAUGCUCCAAGUGCAAACGAGUCUUGGCUGCGGCCAAACCUGCUGCUGUUUUUGCUCCAAAAUUGGUGCCAGAUGCUCUCAUUAGCAUAUGCAAGAACUCUAACUUCAAAUCUGGUGAGGCAUGCGAAGAGCAGUUCAAGCCACAAACAUUCGGUGCCAUCUGGACCCAAGUCCUUGCAUUGGCUGAUGUCAAUGCUCUUGACGGGCAAUACAUAUGCCAUUACCUAAAAUCUGACUUUUGCGAGCAACCAAAAACCGCGCCGUUGGAUAUAUCGGGACUUUUUCCGAAGCCCAAGCCCGCACAAGCACAGGCUCCAAAGGCUAGUGGAGAGCGUGUCAAGGUGCUUCACAUGUCAGAUUUUCACCUCGAUGCCCGAUAUGGAGUCAAUACGGAAGCCAAUUGCUCCUCGGGCCUAUGCUGCCGCAGCGACAAUCAUAAUGAUCAUUCAGAGGACCAUGUUCUCCUGCCGGCCUCCCCGUAUGGAGCCUUCAAAUGCGACACACCAUAUGAUCUGGGUCUAGCCGCUUUGCAGGCAGUGGGCGCUUUGACUGGCACUGGAAAGGGCUGUGAACAGGAGCCUCUGGCGUGGACUUUGUAUACUGGGGAUUUAGCCUCGCAUGACCCACAAUCUCAGAUGUCCCGGGAAUAUCUUGAGUAUGUUGAGACAAGCACUUUCGAUAUGUUCAAAACAUACCUAUCAGGUCCAGUAUUUUGUGCCCUUGGGAACCAUGACGCAAGCCCAGAAAACAUUGACUCUCCCCAUAUUCUUCCUGGACGCCUGGGUGAGCAGUCAUCUUGGAACUAUCAGCAUUUAGCUGGCCUAUGGCAACACGAAGGCUGGAUCAGUCCCGAGGCUGCAGAGGAGGCUCGCACACAUUAUGCUGGCUACUCAAUCAAGACUCACUAUGGAUUGCGUAUUAUCUCAUUUAAUACCGAUUUCUGGUACAAAUCCAACAUUCUCAAUAUGAUCAAUACCACCAACCCCGAUAACUCAGGUGUUUUCUCUUGGAUGAUCAAUGAGCUACAAACCGCAGAAGAUGAAAAGGAACGAGUCUGGAUCAUGGGACAUGUUCCCAGUGGUUGGGACGGUGUUAACCCAAUUCCGGACCCGACCAACCUCUUCUACCAGAUCAUGGACCGAUAUUCACCACAUGUUAUUGCUAAUAUAUUUUUCGGUCAUAACCAUGAAGACCAAUUCAUGAUUUUUUACGCCAAUAACGGCACUGUACAAAACGCAGAGAACGCCCUUGUAACGGGCUGGCUCGGUCCCAGCGUUACGCCGUUGACCAAUAUGAACAGUGGAUUCCGGCUUUAUGAGAUCGAUACCGGGGAUUUCAAUAUCUACGAGGCCUACACUUUCUUCAGUAAUGUGUCCGACUACGCUAGUCUUCGCGAAACCGGCCCGAUCUUCCAGUUGGAAUACUCCACUCGUGAGACAUAUGGCGCAGCCGCUGACUGGGAUGAAAAUGCGCCGCUAAACGCUACUUUCUGGCACCGUGUCACGGAAGCGAUGGAGAAUGAUCUCGAUUUGGUCACUCUACACAACUUUCUACAGGGCAAAAUGAGCGUGAAAAGCCCCGAGUGCAUUACGGCGGCUUGUCAGAAAGCCAAGAUCUGCUAUAUGCGUAGUGGCAGUGUCGCGUUGGGCGCUCAAUGUCCACAAGGGCAAGUACCCAAACAUGAAAUUAUUUCAUCCCUUCUCUGCUCCACCUCACUGACUCAGUAA